AUGCCUUCCGAAGUCUCUGAUAUCAAGCAGUUCAUUGAGAUCUGCCGCCGGAAGGAUGCUUCCUCCGCCCGGAUCAAGCGCAGCACCAAGACCACCCAGACCAAGUUCAAGGUCCGCUGCAACCGAUUCCUGUACACCCUUGUCCUCAAGGACUCCGACAAGGCCGACAAGCUCAAGCAGAGCCUUCCUCCUGCUUUGAAGAUCGUCGACGUCUCCAAGGGUUCCAAGAAGAAGUCCACUUAA